AUGCAAGCACAGCCUGUGGCAGUAUCUCGUAGAGACACUGCGCAAAAAUCUCGGAAGCGUCCUCGAUCACAGCAAUCAGGAGAAAAAGAUUGCGUUCCGAGUACUUCCAUUUUAAACAAUUUCGAAGUCGUGGAAAACGUUCCGGGUGCAAAUUCUUCAUAUCUUUCUAGCGAUAUAUCUAUAGAGGAAAUGGCAGAUGAGGGCGAAUUAACAUCGCUUGAGCUAUUUGAGCAAGAGAGUACUAGCACAAUCCUCAACCAACGCAUAUUGAAAACCUCACAGAUUGAAGAAUCGAAUUCCACUAACAAUGAAGUAAUUAGAGUGGAUACCAUGCAAGCACAGCCUGUGGCAGUAUCUCGUAGAGACACUGCGCAAAAAUCUCGGAAGCGUCCUCGAUCACAGCAAUCAGGAGAAAAAGAUUGCGUUCCGAGUACUUCCAUUUUAAACAAUUUCGAAGUCGUGGAAAACGUUCCGGGUGCAAAUUCUUCAUAUCUUUCUAGCGAUAUAUCUAUAGAGGAAAUGGCAGAUGAGGGCGAAUUAACAUCGCUUGAGCUAUUUGAGCAAGAGAGUACUAGCACAAUCCUCAACCAACGCAUAUUGAAAACCUCACAGAUUGAAGAAUCGAAUUCCACUAACAAUGAAGUAAUUAGAGUGGAUACCAUGCAAGCACAGCCUGUGGCAGUAUCUCGUAGAGACACUGCGCAAAAAUCUCGGAAGCGUCCUCGAUCACAGCAAUCAGGAGAAAAAGAUUGCGUUCCGAGUACUUCCAUUUUAAACAAUUUCGAAGUCGUGGAAAACGUUCCGGGUGCAAAUUCUUCAUAUCUUUCUAGCGAUAUAUCUAUAGAGGAAAUGGCAGAUGAGGGCGAAUUAACAUCGCUUGAGCUAUUUGAGCAAGAGAGUACUAGCACAAUCCUCAACCAACGCAUAUUGAAAACCUCACAGAUUGAAGAAUCGAAUUCCACUAACAAUGAAAGCAACUUUGCGAGGACUCCAACGAUUGCGUCCACUGUGCUCUUGCAGGAUUUGACUUCGCAGGCCCCUCGUGCACUGGAAGUAAACUUGAAUGACGUAGAUGAGAAUAGUCUUAAUUUCACAACUCACCGAAGUUCAGUACGUAGAGGGCACCAAGAUUGCGAGGUUACACUACUUCCCAGUGAGAUCUCUUCGACUACAUGGGGAACUGUGUAUCCUCCUCCAAGAACUGCGUUCAGUGAGUCUUUGAAUACAACUACAGAGCAGUCUACGAUUCAGGUCGGGUCACAUGAAACCGUUGCGCUAAUUGAGUAA